UGCCGGUUAAAGAUUGUACAACUACUCUCUACCAUCAAACAGUAGUUCAUUUAGAGUAGUAUCAUGGCUGCUUGUGCCUUUGCGUUAAGGCUUCUCCCGCUCGUGAGAGGAAGAGUGUGCUGCAGAUCUUCAUGUCGUGCACGCUCAGCUGUCCGUGCGUUUUCGUGCACUGCAGCUCGUGCUCAGGGGUCGGUGGCUCUGACUGGGAAAGUGGACCGGUUCGGUGGAGUGACAGUGAACCUGUCUGACAGCUGUUUACCAGAGGACAUCAGUGAAAGCUCGUUCAGUAGAUUACUGCAAGAUUCUUUGGCCCAGUGGAAAGCAGAGGGGAAAGUCGCAGUGUGGCUCCGAGUUCCCAUCUCCCUGAGUCGAUGUGCAGCCGCCGCCUCUGAACAUGGCUUCUCCUUCCAUCACGCCAAACACGACCACACGGUGCUCUCCCUCUGGCUGGGGGAGGGCGAGAACCGGCUGCCCGGGUUUGCGACUCACCAAAUCGGAGUGGCAGGUGCAGUUGUUGAUGAGUCCAAUGGAAAAGUCCUUGUGGUCCAAGACAGAAACAAGACGAUGAAUGCUUGGAAGUUCCCCGGCGGCUUGUCUGAUCUAGCAGAAAAUAUCGGGACCACUGCGGUUCGGGAAGUGUUUGAGGAAACCGGCGUUCGCUCAGAGUUCAGAUCUCUGCUCAGCAUCCGGCAGCAGCACGACCACCCCGGCGCCUUCAGCAUGUCGGACAUGUACAUCAUCUGCCGACUCAGCCCUCUCACCUACGACAUUAACUUCUGCACUCAGGAGUGUCUGCGCUGUGAGUGGCUGGAGCUCGCAGAGCUGGCUAAGACCGAACACACCACCCCCAUCACCUCUCGUGUAGCCCGGCUGCUGCUGCACGGCCUGGAGAGCGGCUUCCAUCACAUCGACCUCCCCAUGGAGGUAAUUCCUGCCGUGUACUCUGGGAAGUUUUACCAGCUGUAUCACCGGCAGCUUCCUCCCACACUGAAAUCCUAGCAACCUGAUGGGGUUACCAUACCAUGGCUAGCUACGUUGACACAUAGCUGUCAGUAUUACUCAUAUUUAAAGUGUAUUUAUGACUGGAAAGAUGUCUGCCGUGUGUUUGUCCACACUAGCUUUGAAAAAAUAUGCUGGAAUAGGAUGGACUACAAGAACACUCACUUGGGUGGUGCAAGAAUGAGUCCUAAACCUGGAUGUUAGCAUCAAGCAGUUAUCAUUGAGCAGUUAGCAAUUUGGGAUUCCUUCAUCUGGAUUCUUUGGGAUACAGGGUCUAAUACUUAAGAGAUGUUCACGGUUUGUUAUACUACAAUCAGGUAAUACCCCAGUGGUGAAUGUCUCAAGUUUCUAUGAAUCAUAAAAGCAAUAGGUGCUAAAUAAAUGACUAAAUGAGCCAUCUUAGCCGCCUUUAGCUUAGCCGUGUUGACGCCACCGUGAUGUAGUUCCUUUAUAGCCCAACAUUAGCAUUUUUCUUCUGCCGAUUGCAUUUAAUUGUUAAAAAAAAUGAUGUGAAUAUGUGGAGAUCAUCCUGAAGAGAUCCCAAUUAUUUUUGUGCUGAGCCCUUGCAAUGCUGGACUACAUAAAUAUGUCAUCACUGCACCACUCUACCUAAACCACAAUUUUAUACGGUUCAUAUAACACUUUUUGACGUACUGUUUGGAAAUAGUGGCUCCAAGCAGCUAAUUUCAUUGGUUAAAGGGACUACUUUUAAAUGUUUCUGUAUUUUUUAGGUACAGGUCUUGCUAACGAGCUAACCACCAGUGUCAGCUGAUCAUACACUGUCAGAGCUAAUAUUAAAGGUCAGUUGUUCCAAUAUCAAUAUUGGCUGCCUUAAUGAAAUAGUCUGGUCAAUAAAAUCAAAAUAGUACUUUCUGUAGAAAUAAACUGCCUUUCUGUCAUUAAACCAGACAUCAUUUACUCAUUCUGUUUGCACAAAUCCAAUUAUACACACGCCAAAUUCACACCUGCGAGCGGCAAAGUGCAGCUCAACACACAAAUACUGCUUCCUGGGCUGGAAGGCGAGUUCAUGUGUCGGGAAGAAACUCAUCGUAGCAUAGGUCGACAUGUAACAGGAUUCACAGGACUCUGUUUUCUGGUUGGCCGAGGUACUGUCUGGCUGCGAUUCAAUGCAAAAACUUAAAUUAUACCCAGACAUAGCAUGGCAGUCACCCCAGGCCGCACAUCGCUGGUCCUCGGUGUGAAUUUGGACUUACAAAAGAGUUAGUUUUGUCCGAAAACAAAAACAAGCUCUGGAAAGCUCUUCAGUUUCUGUGUGUGUCGAAAGUUUAAAAUAAAACUAGUGCUUGGGUUUUGAUUUGAGUUGGUUUGGUGUGCUUAGUUUUUCCUAAAAAAUCCUAAAAUGUAAUUAUUUAGUUCAAUCCCUAAUCUCUUAUCAAGUUACAAUAAUGUAGGCUUUGAGUGCAUGUACUAUUUUAACUAGUUUUAACAGACUAUUCAUCUAAGACCUUCAUCUUACAGCUGAGUUUAGACUGCAGGAGCUGAACAGUAGGAAAGGGGUAGGAAAGGGUUGUCGCUUUAAAUCCUUAAGUCAGAGAUGAGUUUCUAAAAUGAACACUGCCUUACUUGAUGGUACACUUCAGCAGUUAGCAGGUCUACAUGUUUUACUGUGAAGCAGCCAGGUGUGAAUGAGUGUCACAAGCUGAAUAAGAGCAGGAUAUAACAGUCAGAAAGCAUCACAGCUGUUUGGGGCAAUGUCGAUUGUCUUCAUUGCCGUCACAUCUUCUUCGUUGCUGCCACUAAGACGUCGAUACCUUUCGGUCAGAUCCCAGAUUAGCACUUGGCAGACAUUGGAAGAAACAGGAUGGCCUUUUGACCCGGGCUAGUUUUGCUCCCGGACUUGUACUGGCCAGUCCGCUUCAGCGCCACGUACAUGGUGGGGUACUUCCUGGAGCGGUACGUGUUGUAGUUGUUGCUCUCGAGCCGCUCCAAGAAGUGGCAUUCAUCCGUGGCUCGUCUCUGGGGAGAAGACACAGAGGAAUAAUGCUCAUUUGAUGUUCAGUGGAGGGAAAUUAAUUCUGCUAUUUAACGAGUUACAGGGCUAUAAGAGAGGGGGGAUUUCAUCUUCACAUCUCUGCUUCUGGGACACCUUCCCAUCGCAAUACACUCAAAUGUGCUUGCUAAAAACUGUGAAACUAGUCUUUAAUAUUUCAACAAAUGGAAACUGAAAUGAGGUCUUUCUGUCUGUAGGAUUCACAUAAAUGAGACUGUGUUUAUUUCCAAACUGAUUUUAAUCCUCUCUUUUAUGUACAUCAUAUUUUGGGGGCAUUUUAUGAGAUAUGUUAUAUUGUUUGGAAUGCAUUUGAUUGAAUUUGUUUAAUAUAUAUUGUGUGAAAGGGAGAUUAUGUGUAAUGCUAAAAUGUUCUGAUAUUAAACUGCAACAUAAAACACCACUAGCUUCAUGUCUCCUUUAUUUCAAAGACGACUGUUGCUUUAUAGUAAAUUCUGCAAGGUAUUUCACAACAAAAG